GCACUAAUGAUCAAUUGACACACGAACUGGUAUAAAACGGCGACAAAAAGCUGCAGAGAACAGAGCAGUAGAAGACAUCGACAAGAACGUUCUAUCCAAUAAGAAGUUGAAGAAAAAGUAGUAUUUACAAAAAUGAAUUUCUCAAUCAUAUUUUUGAUGAUCACCAUCAUCGUUGCAGCCCUUCUUGGACAAGGAGAAGCCAGAUGGAAAGGAUUCAAGAAAAUUGAAAAGGCUGGUAAGAGAGUUUUUAAAGCUGCUGAAAAAGGACUUCCCGUGGUUGCAGGGUAUGCAGCACUGAGGGGCUGAUAACGAUAACAUUCAACAUCAUCAACUUCACUUGUACUUCUCAUAAUUAUUUAUUUAUUUAUUUAUUCAUUGAUGUCUGUUUUAUAAAAACAAUAAAAUACUUAUUCGAUUCUUUA